GUACAUUCAGCAUGGCCAAAGACAACACCCCAUCCUCAGGGGGGACAGAUCACGGGAUGACUUGGCAGGUGCGGGCCAACUGCCAUUAUUUCCAUGAGCCUCUUGGACGCAAGUCUUUCCUGUGUUUCCGCUGGGGGCGUUAUGCAGACAACACAGUGCGCAGCUAUAAGUACUCCCCCCUGACCUUCCUGCCCCUCAACCUCUAUGAGCAGUUCCAGCGUGCAGCAAACUUCUUCUUCCUGCUCAUUGUGGUCAUGCAGGGUGUUCCUGCCAUUGCUACCCUGCCCUGGUACAUCACCAUGCUCCCUCUGCUCACGGUGCUGACGAUGCGCGGGGUGAAGGACCUGCUGGCAGAUCUGGGUCGGCGCCGCAGUGAUGGCAAGAUUAACAAAAGGCCCUGUGACAUCCUCACUAACCAGGGCUUCACAUUAGGUCAGUGGAAGGAUGUUUGCGUUGGUGAUGUGCUGCGGAUUCAGAAGGACCAGGUCAUACCGGCAGAUCUGCUUCUCCUGUGCAGUACUGAGCCUCACAGCCUGUGCUUCAUAGAAACGGCUGACAUUGAUGGAGAAACCAAUCUGAAGUUUCGCCAGGCACCGGCCAUCACCCACUCUGAGCUGACCAGUGGACCAGUAGAUGAGCUUCUCCUGCCAUUUGAUGGUGUUGUGUGGUGUGAGGAGCCGAAUGGCCAGUUGUAUUCAUUCCAAGGAAAGCUACAUUGGAAAGGGCAAUGCCACCUGCUCGACUCUGAGCACAUGCUACUCCGGGGAACUAUACUACGUAACACUGACACUGCAUACGGCCUAGCUAUAUAUACAGGCUCUGACACCAAGAUCCUCAGGAACUGUGGGAGGCUGAAAGUAAAGAAGACACAAGUAGAGCGAUUCCUUAACAAAGUUGUGGUAACAAUUGUCCUCUCAUUGCUGAUGGUAGCGCUCCUCUUGGCAGUGGGGUCUGGCCUCUUUGAGCACUUGAUUUCCCCACGUAUCGAGGUUCUCUCUGGCAUAAGUGCCAACUUCCCUGCUGCUUACCGUGGCUUUCUGACGUUCUGGGGCUAUAUUAUACUGCUGAGCCCAGCUAUGCCCAUGUCCCUUUACAUCACAUUCGAGCUGAUCCACAUUGUGCAUUGUCUCCUGAUUGGCUGGGACCUGGAAAUGUACUGGGGGAAGAGAAACAGUCCUGCCCAGGCCCGGGCCACCUCUCUGAACGAGGAGCUGGGUCAGGUGGGUCACCUGCUCAGUGACAAGACCGGCACCCUCACACAGAACCACCUGCUCUUCCGCCAGUGCUGUGUUGCUGGUCACAUUUAUGGAGAUUUGGGAGAAAACUCAAAGCCACUGGACCUGAGCUGGAACCGCUUCUCCUGCGGCGGGCUCCUCUUCUCUGACCAGCGGCUGACCAACUGCCUGCGCGAACGCCGCUGUCCCGAGAGUCGAGAAUUCUUUACCGCUUUGGCGCUGUGCCACACCGUCAUGAGCGAGUGGAAAGACGGGCUGCCCCGGUACCAGGCGGCGUCUCCGGACGAGGAGGCGUUGGUGAGCGCAGCGCGAGAGCUGGGCUGGGUCUUCCUUUCUCGCACGCGCGACUCCCUCACGCUUAGCGAGCUAGGUUUCACGCACUGCUACCGCCUGCUGGCCCUGCUGGACUUCACCAGUAAGAGGAGACGCAUGUCAGUGCUGGUAAGAAAUCCGGAAGGAGAACUGAAGCUUUAUUGUAAAGGUGCAGAUAUUGUCAUUCUGGAGCGGCUGCGAAAGGACAGCCCACACCAGGAGAGCACAGAGCAGGCUUUGGAGGUUUUUGCUCAGAGAUGUCUGAGGACGUUAUGCGUGGCUGGACGUUCCGUGUCUGAGGCCCAGUGGACAGAGUGGAGCCAUGCUCUCAGCCAGGCUGCCAUGGCAACGACUUACAGAGAGACUUUGCUGGAGGAGCUGUAUGAACACAUGGAAAAAGACCUGAUGAUGCUUGGCGUGACAGCCAUUGAGGAUCGUCUGCAGGAAGGUGUCCCUGAGACAAUCUGCAGUCUUCGGCGGGCAGGGGUGAAGGUUUGGGUGUUGACGGGAGAUAAGACAGAAACUGCCGUGAACGUGGGCUACGCCUGCAAGCUGAUGGAUCCGGAUACGUGCCUGCUCCAGGGCGAGGAGCUGAGACAGCUUCUCCAGUCUCCAUCUCCUGAGGUUUGCUUCCACAAGAACAAAGAUCCUCAUGUUUGGAGUACAGAUAAAGUGUCCCAGAUGAGUAAAGCUGCUCUUGUCAUUGAUGGAUUUGAGCUUACAGAGCUGAUCAAGACACCCGAGGCAGGGGCCAGGUUUGUUUCUCUGUCCAAUCAGUGCCAAUCAGUGCUUUGUUGCCGUGUGACCCCUGGACAGAAGGCAGAGGUGGUACAGCUGGUCAGGAAGUAUUCUUCCUCCAUCACCAUGGCAAUAGGAGAUGGUGCCAAUGAUGUGAAUAUGAUUAAGACAGCACAUAUCGGAGUGGGUUUGUGUGGUGUGGAGGGCAGUCAGGCAGUGCAAAACGCAGAUUUUGCGCUGGCCCAGUUCAGCUUCCUCCGCAGGCUCCUCCUGGUCCACGGCCGCUGGUCCUACCGGCGCAUCUGCAGCUUCCUGCACUACUUCCUCUACAAAACUACCUCCUUUGCACUGGUUCACAUCUGGUACAGCUUGUACAAUGGCUUCAGUGCCCAGCCUAUGUAUGAGAGCUGGUUUAUUGCUCUCUACACCAUUAUGUACACAUCCCUGCCUGUUAAGUGCCUGGGCUUUUUCGAACAGGACAUGAGCAGUGAGAGCUCUCUUCGCUGGCCAGAGGUCUACUUGGCUGGGCAGAGGCAUGAGCUGCUGAACCCACUCAGCCUGGGUGUCGCUCUGUUGUACUCCAUCUACACCUCCAUCAUCCUCUUCUUCCUCCCCAUGGGAGUCUUCCAGGACUCUGACCUGGACUAUCAGACCCUGGCCAUCACUGUGCAAACGUCGGCUGUGUUCUCAGUUACUGUCGAGGUAUCUUGA